UGGGCGGUUACAGGAACGUAGGAGAGGAGUGUGCUGGGUACUGAGAGGGAGUUGCACUCGUACUUUCUUAUGAGCCACGUAUUCGGUUAAACACGCUAAACUCAACAUAGAUCGAGUUCCAAAAGACGGACUAACGACAUGUCGGGAGCGUCCAAUUCUGGGGAUGGGAGCGGCAAAGUCAGCCAAGUCAUCAGGAUGGGAACGCGCAACAGCCAGCUGGCUCGCAUCCAGACCGACAGCGUGGCCGCCAAGCUGAAGGAGCUGUAUCCCGAUAUCCACUUAGAAAUAGUGGCCAUGACAACAGUGGGAGAUAAAAUCCUUGACAAGGCUUUAUCAAAGAUUGGCGAGAAAAGUUUGUUCACCAAAGAGCUGGAGACUGCUUUGGAGAAGAACGAGGUGGACCUGGUCGUCCACUCGCUCAAAGACCUGCCCACCACCCUGCCCCCGGGAUUCACCAUCGGGGCCGUGCUGAAGAGGGAGAACCCCCACGACGCCGUGGUGCUCCAUCCCAGCCACGCCGGAAAGACGCUGGACUCCCUGCCGGAAAACAGUGUGAUUGGCACCAGCUCCCUGCGCCGUGCUGCUCAGCUAAAGAAGAGAUUCCCUCAUCUGCUGUUCAAAGACAUUCGGGGGAACCUGAACACGCGGUUGAAAAAGCUGGACGAGAAGGAGGACUUCGCUGCCAUCAUCCUGGCUGCCGCUGGCCUCAAAAGAAUGGGCUGGGAGAAGCGAAUCAGCAUGAUCCUGGAGCCUGAAGACUGCAUGUACGCUGUUGGACAGGGAGCUUUGGCGGUGGAGGUCCGGGGCAGAGACGUGGACAUCCUGGAGAUGGUGUCCGCCCUUCACGACCCCGAGACCGUGCUGCGCUGCAUCGCUGAGCGGGCCUUCCUCAGACGCCUGGAGGGGGGCUGCAGUGUCCCCGUGGCUGUGCACACCCAGGUGAAAGACUCCCAGCUGUACCUGACCGGGGCGGUCUACAGCCUGGACGGCUCGGACAGCCUGAAGGAGACCAUGCAGACCAGCGUCAGCGCCGGGGCCCAGAAUCUAGAGAAGGAGGACGCCUACGUCCAGCGGGCCGGAGUGACGGCCAGCAAGAUCCCCGCCGACGCCCAGGACCGGGCCGAGCGGCUGGGCGUGGACCUGGCCAACCUGCUGCUGAGCAAAGGGGCCAAGGAGAUCCUCACGGUGGCCAGGCAGCUCAACGACGCCAGAUAAUCCCCGCCGGGGGCCCCAAGGCGGCCCUCCACACGCCGCAAUCAGCCACAACCUUGAUCCGAGAACAGCUCCAAUUCCAUAUUUGCAGUACUCAUUUGAUUAUUUUUCUUGGGUAAAAAAAACAAAACAAAAAAAAAUGCUGGCUUCCUGUUGCACUAGCAGAGGAUUUCAAACCCUUUUUGAACCAAAGUUGUACUUGGAGUCUCGGUUUCGGCCCGUUUUUAACCGUAGAACCUGACAAAAACCAUCUCCCCGAGUCAGAUAUAAAGUCACCCCACUGGAAUUAUCAGAAGAAAACAAUAAAACUACAAAUAACCUUCAAGCAUUGUGGUAAGAUUUUAGAGUACCGUUGUCACAGACGAACAGAUAAAAAGGGAGGACGCGGCGGACAUUUGUGACGAGUAGGCACAUUUUAUGGUCCGACGCAGACAACGCUGCUGUGAAAUAAGAAUGUAAAUAUAAAAGUUUUAGUCAUUACAGCCAUUAUCACUCGGUAACAUUGUUAUACUACUGAUGACGCGCGUUCGGCUGAAAGCAGAAACGGCCUUCCUGACUCAGCUAAUGAGUCAGGAAGAAGUCUAAAAACGUACUGUGAUGCAGAGAGAAUCUUAAAUCCGGCCAGGUGUCACUAACUGACACGCUCAAUACCAUUCCCCCUUUUGUUUCUGUCGUAUGUUUCUUUUUUUUUAUGACGCUGCCUGUUUGAAAUGGCUCUCUGGACGUCCCCACCGUGCCUUGCAGCGUCCACAGUGAAUUUUGUUUACACAAAAGUGACUCCUGGAUGAAUCGGAACGGUGAUAGAAUGGUUUGUUUGGAACAGGGCAGUGGUUUGCAGCUGUUUUGACACAUCAAAAUGGCUAUAAACUCGAAAUGUUUACUGAUGUUGACCAAGGGGAUCAGUGUUCUUGUUCUUUUGCUAGCUUGUUUAUCUCUGUAUACAUUAUGGAUCUCAUAAUACCAUUCAUACCUUUUUAUCAGAACUAUAUCUACAUCUCUUCAAAACAGUGGCUGUAUUUAUGUCUUAAGACUCCUGUUGAUUUUUUUUUGCUCAUUUGGAGAAAGAACCUGUCUAGAAUGUCAUUAUUUUUUCUUUAAAUCAAAUUUUCUUCUGAGUAAAUGCGUGUAUAUCGAGACAAUAAUGACAGAGGGGGCCACACUCUGCGUCAGUAACGUUAGCGUGAUAUGUUUUUCUUUUAUGGGCCUUAGUUUGGGUUUUUUUUCUCUCCCGGAAAUGUCCCGAGGAGGAGAAAUCGACCAUAUUUGUCUCUCAGCUUUAAUUUUUGGAUCGAAUAACUCAGGAUAUCUCUCUGUUUUCACACACGAAUCACAGUACCGUGUCCAGUUCAAAUGUGCGUGUAGUUUUUCCAAUUCUGAUGUAUGGAAACAUGUUAUAUAACAAUAAAAUAUGUUAUAUGUCCAAGUCCUGGGUUCU